CAUUUUCCAUCAACAUGCAUUACUCCUUAGUCGUUACACUUAACCGACACUCACUCUCAUACCCUCUCUUUGUAAUAGUGUAAUACCUUACACACACAGGUGAUAGGCCGCCCGAUAUUGGUCACGAAGGAGGUAUUCGUUCUGAUCUCGCAAAGCCGAUUGAUUCGUUCUGAUCUUGAGAAGUGAAGAAGAAAAAGGGCAAAUCUUUCACUUUAUCUGAGCUUUCGGGGAAAAGAAGAUGAGGCUGUGGAAGUCGGUGUUGUUCUCAUUAUUGUUGGUGACAGUUCUCGCCCCCAUUUUUCUCUACACCGACACUCGUCUUGCUUCCUCUUCAAGAGAUGAAUUCAUUGAAGAAGUCUCCGCAUUUACAUUGGGAGGUAAAAUCAGGCCUUUAAAUGUGCUAACCCAGGAGUCAAAUACAAUCACCAAAGAACCAUUUGGCGUAGCCUAUUCCGAAUAUCCAAUAUUAUCCCAUUCAAGAUACUUUGACAACAGGAGGAAUGAAAAUGGCCGCAAAACGAGACAACUCACUGAAGAAUUACUAGAAAACAGAAGGACCGAUGUUCAGGAAACUGAGAAUGGUGUUGUUGAUGAUGCCAUAAGACAGGUGACUGAAGAAGGGCAUAAUGCUACUCAUAACGGACAUCAAGUUUCAGUUCAAGAGGCGUCAACUGUGGAUGUUGAAAGCACUGAUAAGAUUAAUACCAUGCAACAUGACCAGAAGUCUGAUUAUUCCUCUACAACUGUGGAAAGAGCAAACGAUAAGCGAACUCUUCAAACCUCAAGUAUAAUUGAUUCUACCAAACACAUGAGUAGCAAAACUGGGAAGCAGACUGAACAAAACGAUUAUACAGAUGUUCGUGUCCACCAGCUCAGGGAUCAACUCAUCAGGGCUAGGGUAUAUCUUUCACUGUCUGCCACAAGAAGCAAUCCUCAAAUCGUAAGAGAACUCCGCCUCAGGGUGAAGGAAGUUGAGAGAGCAGUUGGAGAAGCCAGAAAAGAUUCUGAGCUACCAAGAAAUGCAAAUGACAGGAUGAAAUCCAUGGAGCAAACAUUGGCUAAAGCGAAGCAAAUUCAUGAUGACUGUACGGAUUUUGUUAAAAAGCUGCGUGCUAUGCUUCACACAACUGAAGAGCAGCUUCGAGUCCAAAAGAAGCAAGCAUUGUUUUUAACCCAACUAUCAGCCAAAACACUUCCUAAGGGUCUUCAUUGUCUUCCAUUACGUCUUUCAACGGAAUAUUUCAAGCUAAAUUCCUCUCAACGGCAUUUUCCAAAUGAAGAGAAUUUAGAAAAUGUCAAGUUUUAUCACUACGCCAUCUUCUCAGAUAACAUAUUAGCAACAGCAGUUGUUGUCAACUCAACUGUUUCCCAUACUAAGGAUCCCUCAAAGCAUGUUUUCCACAUAGUCACAGACAGGCUAAAUUUUGCUGCAAUGAGGAUGUGGUUUUUGACAAACCCACCACAGCAAGCUACAAUAGAGGUUCAGAAUGUUGAGAACUUGACAUGGUUAAAUUCAAGUUAUAGUCCAGUUCUCAAGCAAAUGGACAGUCCUUCCAUGAUUAAUUAUUACUUCAAUGCUCGUACUACAGAUAAUGAUUCAAACAUGAAGUUCAGAAAUCCUAAGUACCUUUCAAUUAUGAAUCAUCUCCGUUUUUACUUGCCAGAGAUUUUUCCUAAAUUGAACAAAGUCCUGUUCUUGGAUGAUGAUGUAGUGGUUCAAAAGGAUCUUACUCCCCUUUGGUCUCUCAAUCUUAAAGGUAAAGUUAUUGGCGUGGUUGAGACUUGUCGUGAAAGUUUUCAUCGUUUUGAUCGCUAUCUCAACUUCUCAAAUCCUCUGAUUUCCAAAAAGUUUGACCCUCGUGCUUGCGGUUGGGCAUAUGGAAUGAAUAUAUUUGAUUUAAGUGAAUGGAGGAGGAGAAAUAUCACCCAGGUGUACCAUUCAUGGCAGUCCCUGAAUAACAACAGACAAUUGUGGAAGUUAGGAACACUCCCACCUGGUUUGAUCACCUUUUGGAAUCAUACAUUUGCUCUUGAUCGAUCCUGGCAUGUCUUGGGCCUUGGCUACAAUCCCAAUGUAAGUCUCAAGGAUAUUGAAAGAGCUGCAGCCAUUCACUAUAAUGGUAACUUGAAGCCAUGGCUUGAGAUUAGCAUCCCAAAGUUCCGAAAUUACUGGUCAAGGUUUAUUGAUUACGAUCACGAUUUUUUGCGAGAGUGCAACAUUAAUUCUUUAAGCAGCAUUUGAAAUGUCUAAUGCAUAGUCUCAAUCCAAACUACUUUCUCCUAGGUCUGUGCUCCAUUUCCCUUUCACCUUGGUUCACUGCCCAAUUUUUUUACACCAGUCAAUUCUUUUUCCUCUCCCCAAUAUCUUUUGGGACUAAGGCUUGGAUGUUGUUGUAGUCAAUUCUUUAUCCUUUGUUUUUUCUAAGCGUUGGUUCUCUUUUCCUCAUAGUAAUUACUCAUCUCAGUUUUGCUUUUAGUACUUUUCUUUUACAUUGGAUCCUGGAAAAUGCUAAAAGAAAGAAAAUACCAAGUUGUUUUCUUAUAUGUUUGUUUGUAUCUUGGAGAAAAUAUGAUUUUAAGUUUAAAAUAUGUUCAGUUUUUUAUAUUUAUAAGUUUAUAUUAUCGAACUCAAAAAUAAAUUUGAACAAGUAUUAAAAUUAAAUUUGUUGAGUUUGAACUAAUAUUUUAUCUUCCUCAACAUUCUUUUUCCUUUCAAAUUUUUCAUACAGUUUUCUCCCUAUUUUCUUUCGCUACCAUUUCCAAGUUCCAAACAGACCCCAGAGAUUUACACAUUCAGCAUGUGGAGGAUUAGAAUUAGGAUGUUAAUCUGUAUUCUGUACUAGCAAAUCGUUUGUUCCUUGUGCCCACUGUUUGGGCAAGUGCACUUAGGUACUGUAAAGGAUUAAGUAGUACUGAAAAGUUGGAUUAUCUGAAUAAUCGAUUUAUGUAUAACUCAUGAAUGUUACAAUCGAUUGUUAUCUACAAAUCUACAAUUACCUUUUUUGGGUAAUGUUUGCUGAAAAGUUGUUU